AUGGCGGCCUCCAUAGUUAUAUGCUCCUACUAUAAUAUGUCCGUCAAAAUAAUUCCGGAAUUCCUGCACCGACAGCGUGUUUUGUCGCGAAUCCUGCAUACGAAUCGAAUAAAAAGAAGUUGCAGAUGUUUGUCCAGCGCUAGUGAUACAGCAGGAAGUGGUGCACCGAAAAAUAAUUCUAUGUUGACAAUGACAACCUCUCUUAGUUCCAUUGGCCAAAACCGGCUCGGUCGUAUGAUGCAACUGUACGAAGAUGUGGUUGGUUUAACAGAAGUAAAACUUGCACAGGAAAAAGUUGUGAAUGCAGAGCAGAAGUUUCUUCAAGUGCAAGAAGACAGACGGGCCAUGCAACAAGAACUUCUGUCAGUGCAAGCAGAAGUCCGAGCUGUGGGGGCAGAACUGGAAAAAACCAGCAGAACUGACACUCGCUACAUUGAUCUGGUGAAGAAAGAGCACGAAGCCCUGCUGCUGGAAAAAGAAAUGACUAACAAAAUCAAAGCGUUGGAUAAAGCUGAGCGAGACUUCUUCGGCCUACUUAGUGCUGCUUUACGAGAGAGCCAUGAGAAAGAGCGAGCCAGAGCGGAGAAGACAAAAUAUUGGUCCAUUAUAGGGUCCGUUAUUGGUGCUAUAAUUGGAAUCCUUGGUUCCACUUUUAAUAAUUAUAAAAGGAUGAAAGAGCUGCGUGCAAUUGUCACAGAAUCUGGUGAGAAUACUGCGCAGUACAAAGCUCUGGCUGAUAAGAUGGUACAGGCUGUCUUUGCUCAACAAUCAAAAAUUGAAGAAUUUGUUUCCAGCGUUAAAAACUUGGAAGAUGAUGGUGAUGUUGGCCAGAUCAGACUUAUAGAUCCUCUUUUUGUAAAUCAUUCAGAUUUUACCCAGCAUACAGAAACUCUGCUUGCAGCUCUGCAGAAUCAGUCAGAGGCUCUUAUGAAAAGUUUAAGUGAGAUUCAGAAACUGCUUAGCAUUGAUCAAGCUUCUAAUAUCAACGAUCAUGUGGUUUAUGUGGGCCCAGAGUUAGAGAAGAUUUUACAGAAGACGGAGGAUAAGCUUCAAGCAGAGUUCCAGAAAAAUAGAUGGGUCUCGGCUGUUGCAUUUACAGGGCUGAUUACUGUCUCAGUGCUUUCAUUGUUUCUCAGGGGAUCCAGUUGA